CCGAUGUUAUCUUUAAUAACUCGUUUGUGUGUAUGUAUGUGUGUGAGUGUGUCGAUACGCUCACAAGCAGAUCAACAUGGCCUCACACACCAGCAUGAUGGAACAGCAGUUCCUGGGAGAUUUGGAAGAGAAGUAUCUCAGGAUUGUGCUGGUUGGAAAAACUGGAUCUGGGAAAAGUGCGUCAGGAAACACCAUCCUACAAAGACGAGCCUUUAGAAGCGAGAUGACUCCAGCUGGGGUGACCACCCAUUGCAAGAAAGAAAGAGGAGUGUUUGAAGGUGCUCAUCUGGCUGUGGUCGACACUCCUGGUCUGUUUGACAGGAGAAUGCCUGCAGAUGACGUGAAGAGAGAGCUUGCCAAGUGCAUUUCCUUUGCUGCUCCCGGUCCUCAUGUCUUCCUGGUGGUGAUCCAGCCCAACAGGUUCACGGAAGAGGAACAACAAACGGUGAGAAUCCUCCAGAUUUUGUUUGGAGAACAAGCUGCAAAGCACAUGAUGGUCCUGUUCACCCACGGAGACGCCCUGGAGCACGAGAGAGUUUCCAUCGUCUCCUUCAUCAGUAAAGAUCCAGCUCUGAGUCACUUCGUCCAUCAGUGCGGCGGAAGAUACCACGUCUUCAACAACUAUUCCAGCAACCUUUCUCAGGUCCAGGAGCUGCUGAGGAAGAUCUCCCAGAUGGUUCAAAGAAACAACGGAAGGUAUUGCACCAACAGAACCUUUGUAGAAGCUCAGAGGGCCGUGGUUAACAGAAGGACAGAACUUAUGAGGACAAACCCAAACAUGCCUCCCGCAGAAGCUCAGGCGAUAGCUGAGAGCGACAACAGCUUUGUUACGGGGGUUCUAGCUGGGGCGGCUGGAGUGGCAGGAGCCAUUGCUCUCGGAGCUCUUUUGCUCUGUAACAUAGAGGUUGCUGCGGUUGGAGCGGUUGUACUCUCCAGCAGUGAGGUGGCCGCCGGUGUGGGAGCUGCUGUGGCUCAGGCCGGCGCCGCAGCAGCUCAGGUCGGCAGUGCGGUAGCUGGAACUGCUGCGUUCAGGAUGGCGGUAUCAAAGGCACCCUGUGUUAUCCAGUAAUGAUCUGAGGUUGUGAGGAUUCGUCUACAUCCCUUUGAAUUUGAAUUUUAUUUUAAUUUAAGUCAAAUUUUGAAUUUGAAUUUGAAUUUUAAAGCGCUUUAAAGUAGGUUGAUAUCAAUAAUCAGGUUUGAAACAAGGUGAAGGUUCAAUUUAAACUAACUAUAGGCAUACAUUUAAAGUUAAUGGAAAGGUCUGAAAUCAGGUUUGCGGUGGAGAAGUCUAAAUUCUGGUUCUAUGUACGAUUAUGAACUAUGACGGAUGUGGUGGGUUUGAAGACGGCACGGGGCUGUGU